AUGAAAAUUGAAAAUAUCGCAGGUAGUACACUAGACACUCCGGAUGCAGUCAAAAAUCAUUUAAGGCCUAGAAGCCCUUUCAUAUAUAACAAAUCCACCGACAAAUAUGAAUUCGAUAAUGACAGGGAUAUUUUAGAAGCUCAGUACCAAAAAUCACCUGUUUUUCACGACUCGCACUGUAUUGCAAAUUUCAUAAGGCCUGUUUCUUUAGCCACGUUAAAAUGUCUUUCUCGUACCAAACCGGAAAACUAUAAGUUGAAUUUCUUGGGAAAACGUGAUAGUAAAAUUAUCCAACCCAUACUCCCAUCUCAUAAAGAUGAUUUUGUUGAUCGAUUCAAUGUGAGGAGCGCCCCUUCAGAAGUUACCUCAAGAGAAUCGAAAUGCAAACUUGGUAAUGGCGGUCAGCGUCCACUUUACUGUGAAGAUCGUGAAAGUUGCUUUUCAGAAGUCUUCAAUGAUGAAAAUAACUUUAUUUACAAUGGACAGAAUGGGUGCCAGUUAUCUAGCAAUUCUGGGUAUGGUCCUGAUAAAUCAAAUUAUGACCAGAAAUCCAGUGAGACAAUCUACAUUAAGCCAUAUACGAUAAGUCCUCUCUCGUACAAUUUUCGAAAACAGCAUAAAACUCCGAGUCCCAACGUAUUUCCCUAUCCGAUUCCUUCAACUGCAAUCGGAAAAAUAUCCUCUAAUGACCGAACUAUGGAUCUAUCGAUGAAUCAUGGUGCUGACCUUGCCACAUCGAGAAAAACCACUUGUUCAGGAAUAGAUCAGACAAAAUUUAUAGACGACUUACAGAGGUGUCCUAGCUUCUACAAAACAAGUUAUCCAAGUCCAGAUCCCGGAUUUCCGGGAGAUAUACAAGUACUUCAGCCACAUCCUAAUCCAACUACAACAUACAAAGAUAUCAAACAAGAUCUCGAAAAUCUUAAAACGGUCAGUAAGCAGUUUAAAAUAUACGAAAAAUCUGGUCAGUUAACGGAAGAUGUUGCUUGUUUUGAUAACAGAAAGAAUUCAGGCAUGUUAAAGGUUACGGGAGAUAGAAAUAUUCUCUAUGCUAUACCUGUCCACUGGCCAAAUUCACAUUCAGUUGUUAUUCUAAAAAAUCAUGGUUCGUAUGAAAAUAACUACAGAGGUGAUAAACGUCCUAUUAAUGUUCACAAACAUAGUGGAUUCGAAAAUAACAGUAGCGGUAGUCCUAGUGAACCACAAAGUGAUUCUGAAUAUCAAAAUGAAGCUGGUGUCACGCAAAUGUACAAACAUCCAAACUCUCUACAAGACCCAUCAUUUUAUUCGAAAGAUCCCUUCCAAGUUUAUCCAACAGUGAAGCAAGUGGAAAUCGAUAGUGGGAAUGGUACUGAUGAAGAUGAUCAAAUUUCCAGGGAAACUACUUCAUCGAAAGAUGUUUCAAUGGUCCGGAAUGCAAAUGUAGAUAAUACUUGUUCUUGCAGUACUGAUUCAGUUGAAUUAGAUGAAUGCUUUUCGUCUGAUACGGAUGAAGAUGAAACUAUCGUUGACGAAAGUGGAAGUGAUGAUAAUCAGUAUAUUAGCUAUCAAACAAAUGAAGAAUCCUCAACACCUACAGCAAACAGUUGUUCAGUAAAUGAUAACUUCAGUGAUAAUGAGAACUCAGUUAAUCCAUUACACAUAAAUGAACUGUCGGAUACAGGGCUAUCUGAUAGUCCACAAGUUACAAACAAGAUAGAUUCGAAUUGUAAACAGUCCAUAAUAGAAAAGCGAGCUGGCAAAGAUUUGAAUGUAGAGUUGCGUAUGCCAUCAAAAUUAUCUCAUCUCAAACUUAGCACAUUUUCAGAAAAAACAGAAAAACAUUCAACAUUACAUGUGGUCGCAUACGACCAUAACAAAACCAAGAAAGAUAUCAUAUCUACUAGCAAAUUUAACAUGUCAAAGAAUUCGAUAACUAACCACAAUGAUAAUUUAUCAAUAUCUAAUUCAAUUCGAACAACUGAUCAUCAAAAUUUAACAGUUGAGAAGAAGAAUUCAAAAAUGACUGAGUUCACAGAACUCAAAACUUCUGAUAAAAAUCUUUCAUUGAAACCAAUCAGUGCUUCAGUUGAAUCAUCACAAACUACACUUAGUUCAAAAGAAAUAAAAACGAAACAUAAAAAAAUUCCUCCGAAUCGAUUUACUCAAUGCACCAGAAAAUCUCAUCCAGCUUUGAUUGAUUCAUUAUUUCCAAAUGUUCCACCAGUUUUACGAUUUGUUGAAGAAGGACAGAAGUUGGAACCAUUGCCAUGGGAAUUUCGUCGACUACUGAAAUGGAGAGCUAGUACCCUGACCCCUGUUGUAGUGAAGCAAACUUUACAACGUACAGGGUUUAAAGUUUCAAAAUUAACCAAUGCAUCUGAAGACUUGGAAACAACUGAAUCAUCAGAUUGGAUAUUUUAUUUUGGGAAACAUAUGCGUCCGCAAACAUUUCGUACAAUUAAAAUGUAUCAAAAGGUAAAUCAUAUACCUUGUUCAUUUCAACUUGGUCGUAAAGAUCGUUUAUGGAGGAAUAUAGUUGAGAUGCAAUUAAAACAUGGAAAAGAACAUUUUAAUUUUAUGCCACAAACUUUCUGUUUACCUGGUGAUUUAGAUGAAUUAAAAAAAGCGUGGGAUGAAGAAGGAGAAAAUCAACGAUGGAUUAUGAAACCGCCAGCUUCAGCUCGCGGAAUCGGUGUUCGACUGGUGACUAAAUGGUCACAAAUACCUAAGAAGCGUCCAGCUCUUAUUCAAAAAUACCUUUCUCGUCCAUAUCUGAUAAAUGAUAGUAAAUUUGAUCUACGCAUUUAUGUGUAUAUUUCAUCAAUCAAUCCUCUUAGGUUAUAUAUACAUGAAGAUGGAUUAGUUCGAUUCGCUUCUCAAAAGUAUUCCAAUGCAAUACGUUCUUUGGGCAAUCGAUAUAUUCACUUAACAAAUUACUCUAUUAAUCGUUUAAAUUCAGAAUACAUUAGCAAUACAAAUGAAUUUGCUGCCAAAGGUCAUAAGUGGAGUUUACAAGCAUUUUGGACAUAUUUAAAAACAAAAGGUAUAUCACCUGCACCGAUUUGGUCAAAUAUUAAAGAUGUAGUUGUGAAAACUAUAAUCAGUACAGAGGCUGCUUUUAAUACUGCUGUAAAUAUUUACUGUAAUCAUUCAUUAUCUGUACAUGAAAUAUUUGGUUUCGAUAUAUUUCUAGAUGAAGAUUUACAACCAUGGCUACUUGAAGUGAAUGUUUCACCAAGUAUGCAUUCAGAUUCACCAUUAGAUGCUAAAAUCAAAGGUGGUGUUAUUAAAGAUAUGCUAAAUUUAUCUGGUCUUCAUCUUCCAGAAGCAGUGGAACCAUGCUGUCGAACAAUUUCUUCAUCUUGUUCAUUGAAAUAUGAUAGAAAUACACCGGAUCUAUUAACGUAUACAAAUGAUGUUGGAUGUAAUAAUAAUAAUUCAAGUACAGAAAGUGACAAUUCCCUUUCAAAAAAUGAUAAAAUUUCUUAUCGUCCAAUAAAAAGUGCUGGAGUUGUAGAUAAUUUAAAAACAAAAAAUACUAAAUCUGAUUUUCAACGUCCUAAUACACCUAAUCAUAGAUGGUUAAUUGAUGAACGCUUAUUCAUUCAAUCUGCUAGUACAGAUGAAGAAGAGAAAAUGAAAUAUUUUAAAAUACGUGCUUUACAAUAUGGCUUACCAAGAUUAAAACAAAUUACAUUGAAGAAUAAUUCAACUAUGCUAUCAUAUCAAUUUGAAAGAAAUGAUAGCAAAACAUUGAUUUCAUGUAAAUCUUCAGUAUCACAUAACUCAGAUGAAAAUAAUUCUUCAAGUUCAUACACAUCAAAUGAUACAGAUAAUAAAAAAGAGAGAGUUUGUUCGCCUUGUGCAUCAGUUUAUGGUACAAAUUCUGAAGUUUCGGAAUCAAGAGCUUCAAAUAUUUCUAGAAGUUCACAUAAGAAUUCAAAUAAUCCAAAUCUACUUAUCCCAUCGAACACACCGUCUCAUGUAAUACUUAAAAAUGCAACCAAUGAAAUAUUAGAUUGUCUUACACCAUAUGAUGUGCGUAUACUAAUUUCUAUGAUUGAUGAAUUCAAUAGAGCCGGUGGUUUCCAUUGUGUAUUUCCACCAAAAACUUCUGGUUUAUCCAUUAAAUAUUUAUCAUUUUUCGAGUCACCUAGAUAUACAAACUUAUUGUGUAUAGCUUAUUUACAAAAGUAUGGUCAAGAUAAAGAAAAAGGUAUUGAAAUGUUGCGGAGAAUGUGUGAAAAAGGAAUUCAUUUGAAAUCUUCAUUAUAUCAAGAUGAAAUUGCUUCUGAACACCAUUGGGAAAUAUAUAAGAAGCGUAAAUCCACUGUUUUAAGAGAAACAAUUAAACGAAAGACAUUAUCCUCUGAAAAUCUAUCACAAACUAAAAGUAUUCCUAAUUCAUAACCACAUAGCAUAUGUAAAAAAAAAAUUAUAAAUUCAAGCAAACAUUAUUCAUUCAUUUGGUGUAUAGAUGUGUGAAUUAUUGUCUCUAAUCAAGCACUACGUGGAUUCAACAACUUAGGCUAUUUAUAUAUAGAUAAUGUAGCUUUUGUUAUUUUUUUUAUAACAUUUUCAUAUACAGAGAAAUGAACAUUUAUUCAAAUUAGUAUUGACGAAGUUUCUUUUAAUAGAAUUUUUAUUGCCUUUUUGUCACUUUCUACCUCACUCUUUUUUAUACUUUCUGGUAAUUAGAUGGACAUAUAAGUCUUAAGAUGUUUAUCUUAGUUUUUAUCAUUAUUAAAAAAUAUACCGAAC